CUUACUACGACAUUAGAAUCUCUGCAGCAUCAAGAUAUCAUUACCUCUGAAAUUGUGCCUGGCAUUGGUGUCUGUCCUUCCUCGGAUCUUGGCCGCGGUUUCUGUACGGCUUGUUAAGUAUAGAAACAACAUUGUCCUUAUCAUCAGUUGAUAAGUACAAGCCUGGAUUGAUAACGACGUGCAAAAUAACCCCUCUGCUUCGGAUCACUAACUCACAAAACAAUGACUGCUCGCACUGUUCCUUACAUCUCCCUUCGCGACUUCGAUCUUCGCAAAAACGAAAUCGCCAAAGAACUCAUUGAUGCUGCUGAGAACGUUGGAUUCUUUGUCCUCGUGGACCAGGAGAGUCCCAGCAAGCAAGAUAUUGCUGACAUAUUUGAGCUCUCCGCGCGGUACUUUGCAUUACCUGAGGAGAUCAAGGCAAAGGUCCCCUUCAUCCGGGAAGAGAACUGCGGCUGGGAGAAGGACGCACAGGUCCGUCCAUCGACCGGCGUUGCUGACCCCAAAGAGUCCAUACAACUUCAAGCAUUCCGUGCUGAUACUUACUGGCCCACCGACCUUCCUGGUAUACCAGCAUUCCGCGAAAAGUGUUUGGAAUUCAUGGACAAGACCCAGAUACUUUCCCUCAAGAUCCUCUCGCUUUUCGCUGUCGCCCUUGGUUUCCCUCCAGAUUUUUUCUCUGAGGCGCAUGAUACCAGCAAGGGAGACUGCUUGUCGACUUUGAGACUUCUGAAGUAUCAUGAUGCGACGGGAAAGAACUUUGGUCCGAACGCGUGGAGAGCAGGAGCCCAUACCGAUUUUGAUUGUUUAACGUUGCUGUAUCAGCAGGAUGGCGGUGAUGGCCUGGAGGUUUGCCCCGGCAGAGAGGCUCACACUAGUUUUGCUCAAGGAGACGACUGGACUCCCGUUCCUGCUCGGACAGGUGAAAUUACGGUUAAUAUUGGCGACAUGUUGAUGGCUUGGAGCGAAGACAGGUUCAAGUCACUUUUCCAUAGAGUCCGUGCGCCAGGACCAAACGAUAACCAAAAGCCGCGUCUGAGUAUUGGGUACUUUAACCAACCGCGCCCAAGCGUUCUUGUCGACGGCCCCUCCCAUAAAUAUGCGGCACAGACGGCUAAAGAGUAUAUUGUGAAUGCCAUGCAUCGUAACUACUUGGCAGCUCAGCAAUUGAAGACGGAGCAACUGGCGGCAGAGAUAAACGCCCCUGCUGUCGCUGUCACCUAGUUUUGAAAUGUGCUAAUCCAUAUGAAUAUAAAUAUAUAGCUACUGCGAU